AAUCAAGCUGAGCCAUUACUUGUUCGUGAAAAUGUUGUUUCUGUUCACUACGAUGGGAAUGGUGCGCCUGGAGUUGUUGUUGGAAAUCUCUGCAUCAAUAAAGCUAUGAAUAUGGCUAGUAACUAUGGAUAUGGAAUUGUUACAGUUGAGAACUGUAAAGAUAUUGGCACUGCACAGUUUUACACAGAUAUUUUGGCCACGAAUGGAAUGACAGGAUUCGUUUUUUCUGGUGAUGACGGUCCUCUAAGUGUUGCAACAAUCGAUAAAUCUUUUGAAUUUUUAAAUAUCACUCCAGAAUGCCGUGUUAUUUUGUCUUGCUUUGCUACAAUCUCGCACAAAUUCUUCUUUGCCAAGUCUCCUAAUCACGAAUGUUUUCUGGACGCUUUGACUUUGUCUAAUGAUGCCAUUGUUAUUACAAAACAACGAAAGCAGGUUUAUCAACAGAAAUUUGAUGAUAUGAAGGGGUUGUGUUAUUUGAAAGAAAAUAUUGCUAAGAUGAACGAAUAUGCUAUUAAGCGUGGAAUACAUCCAGACAACUUGUUGGAGGCUCUUACAGGAGCGAGUGUUAGUGGUUCGACUUAA